AUGUUUCCUUAUGGCUGGGCUAUCAUUCAAAGAAGACACAAUGAGGAACGGCAACGGGCUGCGAGAAGGAUAGCGCAUCGCCAUAUUCGGGACUAUUCCAACCCUUUCGACGUGCCUGCAAAGGUUUUCUCCAAAAGAACUGCGCAUUUUUUAGUGGAGUGUCUUCACCAGAAUUUAAAUCGACAAAGGCAGCACGGAAUUCCUGUGCAUAUCAAAGUUUUGGCUUCACUCCAUUUCUUUGGACAUGGCGGCUACCAAACAACGGUUGGGCAGGGGCAGUAUUUAGGUUUAAGUCAGCCAUCUGUAAGCAAAUGCUUACAAAAAGUUGUUGAUGCAAUUAUAACUGUUUUAUUGAACGGUAUGGUGCGAUUUCCAGAGACUGAAGAGGAAAGGGCAGAAAAUAAACAGAGGUUUUUACAGAUAGCUGGGUUUCCUUCAGUCUUGGGUUUGAUAGACUGUAGUCAAAUCUCCAUUGUUCGCCCAAAAGACACAGCACUUGUGCCAGCGAGAUUAUUUUUUAAUCGCAAAGGCUUUUAUAGUCUUAAUUGCCAAUUUGUAUGUAAUGCAAAGAUGGAAAUAAUUCAUUUCAAUGCCACUUUUCCUGGAUCAACACAUGAUGCAGCGGUCUGGCAAGGAUCCAGUUUGAGCCAAUUAUUAGAAACCAAUUAUGUUAACGGAGUUUCAGCUGGUGAAUGGCUUCUAGGAGACUCUGGAUAUGCCCAACUGCCUUGGCUGAUGACCCCGUAUGCUGAUGCGUAUGCAUUUAUGCGUAAGGAAUUAGAUGCAUUCACAAGCACAGGACGUUGCAUUAUGACCCCGUGA